CAUUUUUCAAGGCUCCAAGCUUCAAAGCUUGAACUCUUUCGGAGCCACUCAAAAGUCCGGAUUUCAUUGGAAGGUUACGCAUUAUAGGACUCACUGCUGCCUUUUAUGUUUCAAUUUUACUUCUUUCUCUUACACAACCACCCUGAUAGACCAAGCCGAGGCUAAAGUAGUCAGGUUGCUUAUUAUGUCUGCGACAGUAGCCUGUUCUUAUAUCUAGACUAUAAUAUCAUAGCUCAACCUUGUUCUAUUUCCCCUCCUACUAUCCAUCGUCGCCGUUGCUCGUCGUUUAUUCUCGACUUCCUAAUCUGGAGUUAUGACAAAUUUUCGAAUUCAACGGAUCGCGCAAAUACACGAUGCUUCCUUAUAUCAAUAAGCCCUUUGAGUUGCUGUCGGGGGUCCUUGGUGCCUCUCCUGAUGAGCUAAAACUCAUCUUCUCCUUCCUAAUAUCCUACCCGCUCGCCGGUCUCUUAAAACGUGUACCCGAUGCUCGACCGCAAUACAAAAACAUAUUUAUAAUAAGUACUGGCCUUUUCUACCUAAUCGGCCUCUAUUCAUUAUGGAGCGGCGUUCGAACCCUCUUCAUAUCCUCCGCCGUCACUUACGGCCUCGCCUACUAUCUACGGACGUCCGCUUAUAUGCCAUGGGUCGCCUUCGUCUUCCUCAUGAGCCACAUGGCUGUGAACCAGCUCACCCGCCAAUUUGCCGAUAACCCAUCCACAAUCGAUAUAACCGGUGCGCAAAUGGUACUUGUCAUGAAGUUGUCCGCUUUUGCAUGGAACGUUGCAGAUGGCACUUUGCCAGAAGACCAACUAAGCGACUUUCAAAAGAAUAGAAGGAUUGUAAAGUUGCCUACUCUAUUUGACUAUGCUGGAUAUGUGUUGUUCUUCCCGUCUCUCUUGACGGGUCCGGCUUUUGACUACAAUGAAUACCGAGGAUGGAUCGAUUGUACCAUGUUCGAUGUUCCGGCGACUAUCGACCCCGCGAAGAAACCUCCUACCAGGAAGAAGCGCAGGAUACCAAGAAGUGGAACUCCUGCUAUGUUGAAGCUAGCAACUGGUCUCGCUUGGAUUUUCCUCUUCUUGAAUUUGAGCGGCCGAUACGAUUACACAGUUCUACUCGGCGACCACUAUCCUACUCUAGGUUUCUUGCGCCGCGUCUUCAUUAUGCAUAUGGUCGGUUUCACCGCAAGGACGAAAUACUACGGCGUGUGGUCCCUGGCUGAGGGUUCGUGUGUUCUUGCUGGGUUAGGCUACAACGGUGUAGAUCCCGUCACAGGCAGGGUCUCGUGGAACCGUCUGCAGAACAUCAAUGAGUGGGGUGUUGAGUCAGCGCAAAACAGCCGAGCGUACCUUGAGAAUUGGAACAUGAACACAAACAAAUGGCUACGCUACUACAUCUACCUACGCGUAACCCCGAGGAACAAGAAGCCCGGUUUCCGUGCCAGUAUGGCUACUUUCGUGACCAGCGCUUUCUGGCAUGGUUUCUACCCAGGAUACUAUCUUACAUUCGUUCUUGCUAGUUUCGUCCAGCAGGCUGCAAAGAACUUCCGCCGCUACGUCCGACCCUUCUUCCUCGACCCGGCGACGCAGAAGCCCCUGCCUACUAAGAAAUAUUAUGACGUAGCAUCGUGGUUCGCCACUCAACUAACCUUCUCUUUUGUCGUAUCGCCCUUCGUUAUCCUACGCCUAGACCAUUCCAUCUUAGCUUGGAGCCGCGUGUAUUUCUACGCCAUCAUCACUACAGGCAUUAGUAUGGCAUUCUUUGCCUCGCCUGCUCGCGCGCAUCUCAAGAAAACACUCGAGAAGCGUAGUCCAACGCCCUCCGCUCGCGCCGCGGCAGGGGGUAAGAUGUCCCGGACGACGAGCUCGGAGAGUCUGAGUGGAAGAGCUGGAGAGCCUGUUCUCGGCUUGAGUGCGGAUCCAGCUAGGGAUAUUGAUGAAGCGCUACAAGAGCUUAGGGACGAGGUUGAAAGGGUUAGGGGUGAUGAUGGGAAGGAUGGCGUGAAAGUAAAUGGGAAGGUAGAGGGGAAGAAAGCACAGUGAUUUAUCCUCGUCCUAUUUUAUUCGUGUUUCUCAUCCACACGAUCAUCAUAACGUCGCGGAGUUUAAGGUGAGGUUAUAAGAGGUUAGAUUGCAUUGUAUAGACUAGUAGGUGGUUGGAAUUUUAAGUAAUGUCAUCCUUAAUGAUUUUUCGUUUGAAGAUGGUAUUGGAACUCGCGAGGAUUGUACAUAUUGGAAAUACUCACUAGAUUGGAAGUAUCUAGUCUAUGGAGGGAAAGACUGAAUGCCUUAUAGCGGGAUGGCAGAAUAAGGGAUGGGGUGAUUAUUACGCUUUGCUAUACUCGUCAUAUGUUAAAGCGGGAAGUGUUGAAGAAAGAGAGAUAUGAAUAGACAGAUAGUCCAAGAUAAUCGUAAUUAUCCAUAAAUCGAUCUUUGGGGUUUAGAUUUGAAGGAAGUCAAUCAAGUCUAGACAAAUCCUAAUAUUGAUUCUCUAUUUCCUUUCAUCA